AAGGAGUGAGAGAAGGCAGAAACUAAAUGAGAGGGACAGAGUUUAGCGGUCUUGGAGGAGAGGAGGAUACUCAAGGAAAUACUACAGACCAGGACCGCAGCAGCACUUGCCUCUCUCUCUCCCUCUCUCUCUCUCUCUGUACGCUUAUGGCUCCUGGGCUUUCUCAGUCGUAAUCUCCAAGCGCUUGAGUGGGUCCUGAGGUAACGGGUCCUGAACAUGAGGCGGCUGAAGGAGACUGCGUUCUGCGCGAUACUGCCGCUGCUUCUCUCUCUCUGCACCACAACGACGCAUGCAGCUAAUCUGAUCGAUGUAUUACGGGUUCUGGAGCUGUCUGAAGACAUGGAGGGAGUGUCAGUAGAGACCGGUCUGUGCACCGAAAGAAAGGACACAUCAGAAACAGACGUGGCUUACAGGAUAGACAAAAAGAUUCAACUCAGUGCCCCAACUAAACAAUUCUUUCCAGAUUCUGCUUUCCCUGAGAACUUCUCUCUGAUGACCACGGUUAAGGCUAAGAAAAACUCUCAGUUCUUCCUGGUGUCUUUGUAUGAUGAGCAGGGAGUCCAACAGCUGGGGCUGGAGAUGGGCCGAUCGCCUGUAUUCCUCUAUGAAGACCACCAAGGCCAGCCAGCUCCAGAUCUCUACCCCAUUUUUAAGAAAAUCAAUCUGGCUGAUGGGAAAUGGCAUCGGAUAGCCUACAGCGUGGAGGGCAAGUCUGUUACACUGUACCUGGACUGUAAGGAGGUGCAGACGCUGGAAUUGAUGCGUGGAGACAGCCCUGUGGUCAGCACGGAUGGAGUCGUUGUUUUUGGGACGCGGUUGCUAGAUGAGGAAGUAUUUGAGGGUGAGAUCCAGCAGCUCUUGCUCGUGGAUGAUCCUCAGGCUGCGGCUGACUACUGCCAAGAUUACAUUCCCGAUUGUGACAGCCCGUUGCCCUACAGUACCCAGAGUCUGGCUCCUGAAGAGGUUACUGAUUUCUCUGCCAAACCCAUCCAUAACCUUGAUGACAUCAUGCAGGGAGAUGAGUCUGUGGAACCAAAAAAGCGCUCAAAAAAAGACCGCAAAGGAAAAAAGAACAAGAAAAAGAGAGAUAAGAAAGGCAAAAAAGAAUCUCGUAAGAAGAAAAAGGAAGCUGAAGCUCUUGAAAACGGUUUAAUUGAGGUGUCCUCUAAGCUGCCGGAGUAUUUGGCUCACGAAGCUCAUCGAAGAACUUUACCAGCUCCAACAGAGCAGCCGAAUUUACCAGAACAAUCUCCAUCUACAGUGGUCGAUCUGAUGGACUCCAUACCUGACAUGCCCACUCACGAACCUGACACCUAUCAGGACGGUCUCACCACAGCCACGACAAAGCCUGUGACAGUUCUUGAGGACCAGUCUGUAUUGGCAACUGCAGAUUCUGAGUUCCCAAAGACGGAGGUGGAGGAAGAGAGGCCGAUUAAAACACCAGAGGUUGAGGAGUUAAGUGAUGACCUUUACAGCGAUGUCACCACAGUGACAGUUGGGCCCAAUAUCACUGACUAUGAGAUCUUGGAGUAUGAUGAGUUAAGAAAUGGCUCGAACAGCUUUGAACAGGAAUAUGAGGAAUAUGAGGUUUAUGAGGACAGAUUCGACCCAGCGGAGAGAGAGAUGCCGGACACAUGGGAUGGAGAGGGCAAGCAAUUUGAGAAAGGACAGAAAGGAGAACAAGCUGUUGUUGAACCAGGCACAUAUUUUCAGGGACCUCCUGGCCCACCAGGACCACAAGGUCUUCCAGGAAUCCCUGGCAUCAUAGGCCCCACAGGACCCAGUGGAGACCCAGGUGAUAUGGGUCCCGAGGGACGUCCAGGGCUGCCUGGCGCUGAUGGGAUACCGGGUCCUCCAGGCACUUUGCUUAUGUUACCCUUCCAGUAUGGAGGAGACUCUCAGAAGGGACCUGUGAUAUCUGCUCAAGAGGCGCAGGCUCAAGCCAUCUUACAACAGACCAAACUAUCAUUGAAGGGCCCUCCAGGUCCAUUAGGUCUCACAGGAAGGCCAGGCCCAGUGGGUCUUCCAGGUCCCAGUGGACUGAAAGGGGACAGUGGAGAGCCUGGGCCUCUUGGGCCACGUGGGUUGCCAGGUCCUGCUGGUUUUAAUGGGAAACCAGGGAAAAGGGGCCGAUCAGGGGCAGAUGGAGGUCGAGGGGCUCCUGGAGAGACAGGAGCAAAGGGUGACAGGGGCUUUGAUGGACUACCUGGACUUCCAGGGAACAAAGGACACAGAGGAGACGGGGGGAAACCAGGACCCCAAGGUCAACCUGGAGAGCCCGGUCAUAAGGGUUCGGCAGGACCUGUUGGACCGAGAGGGCAACCGGGAGAACCUGGGCUAAGAGGACUUGUUGGGCCAAGAGGGCCACCUGGUCCACCUGGGCAGCAAGGAAUUCAAGGCGUCAAUGGUGUUCAAGGGGCAAAGGGCAACUUGGGACCAUCUGGUGAACCUGGACCUCCAGGUCAACAGGGGAAUCCAGGCAUACAGGGCUUCCCUGGUCCACAGGGGCCUAUAGGCCUGCCAGGAGAGAAGGGCCCUGAGGGCAAACCUGGAAUGCAGGGCCUUUCUGGGAUUGAUGGUCCUCCAGGUCAUCCUGGAAGAGAGGGACCCCCUGGGGAGAAGGGGCACCAGGGUUUAUCAGGAGCACAAGGGCCGGUUGGAUAUCCCGGGCCCCGUGGAGUCAAGGGCGCAGACGGGGUGAGGGGACUGAAGGGUAGCAAGGGGGAGAAGGGUGAAGAUGGUUUCCCAGGGACCAAGGGUGACAUGGGCAUCAAAGGAGACAGAGGUGAUACUGGGGCUCCUGGAAAUCAUGGUGAAGAUGGACCGGAGGGGCUGAAGGGUCAGUCAGGACCCAUGGGAGAGCCUGGAUCUGCUGGCAUUGCUGGAGAAAAGGGCAAACUUGGAGUUCCAGGAUUGCCUGGAUAUCCCGGCAGGCAAGGCUCUAAGGGAUCAGUGGGCUUUCCUGGAACAGCCGGGAUGGAAGGAGAGAAAGGAAAGAGGGGUCCUGCUGGACAGACUGGUUCGGAUGGUGAAAGAGGUCCAAAUGGUGCACGUGGGGGAAGAGGAGCAAGAGGCCCGACAGGAAAGCCUGGAGCCAAGGGCUCUGCUGGUCAUGACGGUCCACAAGGUGCCGCAGGAGAGAGAGGCCCUCAAGGUCCACAAGGACGGGAUGGAGAGGCCGGGCCAAAGGGACCAAACGGCCCUCCAGGAAAGGAUGGGUUGCCAGGUCACCCUGGCCAACGGGGAGAGCCAGGAUUUCAAGGAAAGACUGGUCCCCCCGGGCCUGCUGGAGUGAUUGGCACACAGGGAAAAACUGGGGAGACUGGCCCCACUGGAGACAGGGGACAUCCGGGUGCCCCAGGACCCCCUGGAGAGCAAGGUCUGCCAGGAGUCACAGGCAAAGAGGGAGCCAAGGGAGAUCCAGGCCCCGCAGGGCUGCCUGGGAAGAGUGGUCCUGCUGGGCGUCGUGGAUUCAGAGGAGAAAGAGGCUUACCUGGCACUCUGGGUACUGCUGGUCUGAAGGGUGGGGAGGGCCCCCCUGGUGUUGCAGGACCUAUUGGUGCCACCGGAGAAAGAGGACCCGCUGGACCUGCGGGUGCCAUUGGUCAGCCUGGCCGUACGGGAGGUGUUGGCCCCCCUGGGCCAAUGGGAGAGAAGGGCGAGCCGGGUGAGAAAGGUUCAUUUGGUCCUGCUGGGCGAGAUGGAGAACAAGGGCCUGUGGGAUUACCGGGUCCUGCAGGGUCACCUGGUCCACCUGGAGAAGACGGAGAUAAGGGGGAGACAGGUGGACCAGGGCAGAAAGGCAGCAAAGGAGACAAGGGAGAGGGGGGUCCCCCAGGGCCAUCUGGGAGUCAGGGACCUCCUGGACAGCUAGGAGCACCAGGUCUGGAUGGAGAGCCAGGGCCCCGGGGACAGCAAGGAAUGUACGGCCCUAAAGGAGAUGAAGGUCUUCGUGGUUUUAAAGGGGCAAAUGGACCACCAGGUUUGCAGGGAAUGCCAGGACCCCCAGGAGAGAAGGGAGAGACCGGAAAUGUUGGCACUAUGGGCCCUCCAGGACAACAUGGCCCACGUGGCCCCCAGGGACCCAGUGGGGGAGAGGGUCCUCAGGGCAUGCCGGGUGGAGUGGGCCAGCCAGGAAUGGUGGGAGAAAAGGGUGAGGAUGGAGAAGCAGGCAAUCCAGGAAAUGUUGGUGAAACUGGCCCCCCUGGAGAGAAAGGUGAAGUGGGUGAGAAGGGUGAUGCUGGCCCCCCUGGGGCUGCAGGACCCCCAGGAAUCAGAGGCCACACACUGGAUCAGAUGGACCCAAAGGAAACCCAGGUCCCCUUGGAUUUCCUGGAGACGCGGGACCCCCUGGAGAGCCAGGUGCGAAUGGCAUUGAUGGUGGUCCAGGAACUAAAGGGGAUAAUGGCGAACCUGGUAAAGCUGGACCCCCAGGAGCCUCAGGAGAGCCUGGCCCUCAAGGGCCACCUGGACGGAGGGGUCACGUAGGUCCUGAGGGAAAUGAAGGGAAACAGGGAAAAAAUGGGGCAAAGGGUUCUGCUGGUGCGGAGGGUCCAAUGGGAAAAACAGGG